AUGACCACCUGCAGCCGCCAGUUCACCUCCUCCAGCUCCAUGAAGGGCUCCUGUGGCAUCGGGGGUGGCUCCAGCCGCAUCUCCUCUGUCCUGGCUGGUGGAUCCUGCCGGGUCCCCAGCACCUAUGGGGGCCUGUCCGUCUCCUCCUCCCGCUUCUCCUCCGGGGGAGCCUACGGGCUGGGGGGCGGCUAUGGUGGUGGCUUCAGCAGCAGCAGCAGCUUUGGUGGCGCUCUAGGUAGUGGCUUUGGUGGAGGAUAUGGUGCUGGCCUGGGUGGUGGCUUUGGUGGUGGCUUCGGUGGUGGGUUUGGUGGUGGCCUCGGUGGUGGUGAUGGGCUCCUGGUGGGCAGUGAGAAGGUCACCAUGCAGAACCUCAAUGACCGCCUGGCCUCCUACCUGGAUAAGGUGCGCGCCCUGGAGGAGGCCAACGCUGACCUGGAGGUGAAGAUCCGUGACUGGUACCAGAGGCAGCGGCCCGCUGAGACCAGAGACUACACCCCCUACUUCAAGACCAUCGAGGACCUGAGGAGCAAGAUCCUCACGGCCACCGUGGACAAUGCCAAUGUCCUCCUGCAGAUUGAUAAUGCUCGCCUGGCUGCUGAUGACUUCCGUACCAAGUACGAGACGGAGCUGAACCUGCGCAUGAGUGUGGAGGCCGACAUCAACGGGCUGCGCAGGGUGCUGGACGAGCUGACACUGGCCAGGGCCGACCUGGAGAUGCAGAUCGAGAGCCUGAAGGAGGAGCUGGCCUACCUGAAGAAGAACCAUGAGGAGGAGAUGAACUCCCUGAGAGGCCAGGUGGGCGGAGAUGUCAACGUGGAGAUGGAUGCAGCUCCUGGUGUGGACCUGAGCCGCAUCCUGAACGAGAUGCGAGACCAGUAUGAGAAGAUGGCAGAGAAGAACCGCAAGGACGCUGAGGACUGGUUCUUCACCAAGACAGAGGAGCUGAAUCGCGAGGUGGCCACCAACAGCGAGCUGGUGCAGAGCGGCAAGAGCGAGAUCUCUGAGCUGCGGCGCACUCUGCAGAACCUGGAGAUCGAGCUGCAGUCCCAGCUCAGCAUGAAAGCAUCCCUGGAGAGCAGCCUGGAGGAGACCAAAGGCCGCUACUGCAUGCAGCUGGCGCAGAUCCAGGAGCUGAUCGGCAGUGUGGAGGAGCAGCUGGCACAGCUGCGCUGCGAGAUGGAGCAGCAGAACCAGGAGUACAAGAUCCUGCUGGAUGUGAAGACGCGGCUGGAGCAGGAGAUCGCCACCUACCGCCGCCUGCUGGAGGGCGAGGACGCCCACCUCUCCUCCUCCCAGUUCUCCUCUGGCUCUCAGUCAUCCAGAGAUGUGACCUCCUCCAGCCGUCAGAUCCGCACCAAGGUCAUGGACGUGCAUGAUGGCAAGGUGGUAUCCACUCAUGAGCAGGUCCUCCGCACCAAGAACUGAGGCUCCUCAGCACUGCUCAAGCCCAGAAGGCCCCCUCUGUGGACACAGAUCUCACUGGGGGAUCCCCUGCCCUGCCUCCCAAGCACUUCUCACCUCAGCCCUACUUCACCCUUGCUCCCUCCUGGCCAUCAAUACAGCUUUGUUAUCUGAGUUGCAC